AUGGCCACUGACCUCGCCAUGAGCGCAGAUUUGCCCAACAGUCCUUUGGCCAUAGAGUAUGUCAACGACUUCGACCUCAUGAAGUUUGAGGUGAAGAAAGAACCCCCUGAGGCGGACCGGUACUGCCAUCGGCUGCCGCCCGGUUCUCUCUCCUCCACGCCCAUCAGCACACCUUGCUCUUCAGUGCCUUCCUCGCCUAGUUUCUGCGCUCCCAGUCCUGGGGCUCAGCAAGGCCAAAGCCUCGGUAACGGCGUUAACAACAAUGGCAACGGCGGGAAUAAUAACAACAACAAUCAGAGUUCCUCUGGCAAAGCGCAGCUGGAGGAUCUUUACUGGAUCCCCAAUUAUCAGCACCACAUCAACCCGGAGGCGCUCAACCUCACACCAGAGGACGCAGUGGAGGCGCUCAUCGGCAACGCUCACCACCACCAUCAUCAUCAUCACCAACCGUACGAGAGCUUUCGGGGCCAACAGUAUGUCGGCGAGGACUUGACCACAGCCUCCAGCGGCCACCACCACCCGGUGCAUCACCAUCAUCACCACCACGCACACCAUGCGCAUCAUCCUCACGCGCGCCUGGAGGACCGGUUCUCAGACGAGCAGCUUGUCAGCAUGACGGUACGCGAGCUCAACCGUCAACUACGGGGGUUCAGCAAGGAGGAGGUCAUUCGUCUGAAGCAGAAACGGCGGACCCUGAAGAACCGGGGAUAUGCACAGUCAUGCCGAUACAAGCGCGUGCAGCAGCGGCACAUGCUAGAGAGCGAGAAGUGCACGCUCCAAAACCAAGUGGAGCAGCUGAAGCAGGACAUCGCGCGCCUUGUCAAAGAGCGGGACCUCUACAAGGAGAAGUACGAGAAGCUCGCGAGCCGAACCUUCAACGGCGGUGGAGGCGGCGGGAGCAACAACCGGGACCCGUCCAACGGCAAUCACGGAAAAACCACCUCAUCAGAGUUCUUCAUGUGA